AUUGAAUCGAUUAUGUAAUCCGGGAAUCACAUAGCGCGGCGUCUUUUUUACACGAAUCAGGUGCCACUCUCUCUCCCAAUCCCCAUGUAUCCCACAACGUCCAUGGCAGCUCUACGCAUCUCAUCCAAACCAAAUCGUGCUUUGCUUCAGACUGCUGCUCGCUUUCACACUGCUCGCGUGAGCGCGGUACAGGCUACUAUCCCUCGUCGAACUGAGAGCGAUGCCUUUGCGUACAAAGCAGGAGGACGCAAGUAUUACUUUACCCAUCUUAUGAUUAUUGCUUUACGACCUUACACAUGAUAGCCAUAUGGCGUGAUGGACCAAACGAUGCAACACCUUUCCCAACUCCAUCUAAAGUAGAAGGUUCUCACCAUUGGUCAUACGAACGUCUUCUCUCAGCGGCUCUUGUUCCCUUGACUGCAUCUGCAGUGGCCGUCUCUGGUUCGGCGCACCCGAUCGUCGAUGGAAUGCUAGGAGUCGCUCUUGUCGUUCAUUCUCAUAUCGGUUUCGACGCUGUCCUAGUGGAUUAUCUUCAUGAGAGAAAGUUCCCUGUGAUCGGACAGGUUGCCAAGUGGGGGUUGAGGUUUGCCACGGGUGGUGCGCUCGUUGGUGUUUAUUCGUUUAACACACAAGAUAUCGGUCUUACGGAGUUCGUCAAGGGCGUUUGGACUGCUUGAACUUGGAUCUUCGAUUACACCUGUAGCACCUAUGUGAAAAAAGUACAGCAAGUCAUAAUCGCCCUGAAGUUCCGGAAAAUACAGUAGCAAUUAGUCCAUGAGAACCUGGUUGCUUUUGUUGUCUGCUGCUGCU